AUGGUAUCCUGCCCCAUCUGUGGGAAAUCGGUCUCCCAGUUGAAGAUCAACGACCAUAUUGACUCCGACUGCCAAAGCUUCAUCGAGGAACCAUCUUCCUCUCCGGCCGAAUCGUCUUCCCAAAAGGGCCCUGUGCCAAGUAUUUUUCAACCGGCAUCAGCCCGCAAGGCGUCUGCUCACUCCAGCCUUUCCAAAGACUCCCCGUCUCGUCCGACCUCGACUCCGCGCCCCCUCAACGGCAAGAGAUCAUUCGUGCAGGAAGCGGAGCAGGAUCGCAAUGGGCCCACACAACCUGUGGGAGAAUCAAUGGAGCCGCAGGCGAAACGUCCAAAGGUGAAUGCGUUCCAGAAAGCUGCUCCGCUUGCGGAACGCAUGCGGCCCAAGACUCUCGACGAAGUCUGUGGCCAGGAACUUGUCGGCUCCAAUGGAGUCCUGCGUGGGCUCAUUGAACAAGACCGAGUACCCAGCAUGAUCUUAUGGGGCAGCGCAGGAACUGGCAAGACGACAAUUGCCCGAGUCAUUGCGUCUAUGGUCGGCAGCCGGUUCGUGGAGAUCAACAGUACAAGCACGGGAGUUGCCGAGUGCAAGAAGAUCUUCACCGAGGCUCGCAGUGAGCUUGGUCUAACCGGAAGAAAAACAAUUAUUUUUUGUGACGAGAUCCACCGGUUCUCCAAAUCCCAGCAGGAUGUCUUUCUGGGACCCGUGGAAAGCGGCCAGGUCACGCUGAUUGGCGCCACGACCGAGAACCCGUCUUUCAAAGUGCAGAGCGCACUGCUUUCACGGUGCAGGACCUUUACUCUAGCCAAGCUGACUGAUGAGGACGUCAACUCUAUUCUUCAUCGGGCGCUCAAGGUGGAAGGCCCCAGCUAUUCGCCCUCAGAAUUGGUGGAUGACGAGUUGGUUCAGUAUCUGGCCAACUUCGCGGAUGGGGAUGCUCGGACCUCCCUCAAUCUCUUGGAAUUGGCUAUGGAUCUAUCAAAACGACCAGGAAUGACCAAGGAGGACCUGAAACGGUCCUUGACCAAGACAUUGGUGUACGAUCGGGCUGGCGACCAGCAUUACGAUACCAUCUCGGCAUUUCACAAGUCGCUUCGAGGGAGUGAUCCAGACGCGGCUCUGUACUACCUCGCGCGCAUGAUUCAAUCUGGAGAAGACCCAUUGUACAUCGCGCGACGCCUUAUUGUUGUCGCGUCGGAGGACAUUGGCCUAGCCGAUAACACCAUGCUGACGCUGGCAAUCUCCACGCAUUCGGCUGUCGAAAAGAUUGGGCUACCGGAGGCUCGAAUCAAUCUGGCCCAUGCCACUGUGGCCAUGGCGCUGUCGAAGAAGAGCACGCGGUCCUAUCGUGGGCUUAACAACGCAUUUGCGGCACUGAAUGAGCCAGGCGUUGCAGGCUUGCCGAUCCCCAUCCACCUACGAAAUGCACCUACCAAACUCAUGAAGGAAAUGGGAUAUGGCAAGGAGUAUAAGUACAAUCCGAACUAUGUUGAUGGCCGGGUACAGCAGGAUUAUCUUCCAGACAAGCUACUGGGCCGCAUGUUCCUGGAAGAUCUGGACUUGGGCGAGCGGAGAGAUCCUGACCUGAACCGUACCUGA